AUGGGAUCAACUGCUGCAGGAGUGACUUUUCACUCCUAUAAUCAAUUAAUAAGAAAUGCAACUUUUCAUCCAGAGAGAUCAAAAAGUAUUGCUCCAUCAGCUGUUGAAUCAGUAAAUGGAAAUAGGCAUUCUAUUUUCCUACCACAGCCUCCAACUCCUGGAAGUCAAUUAAGUAUUUCAUCAAAGUUAAGUGUUAACUCUACUAGUAGUCAACACAUGGAUUCCGGAAAUAUAUCUAAUGAAGAGAGAUUACCAAAAAUUAGUAAUAUAGAAAAUUUAGCUCGUGGAGUGAAAUGGGAUGAAUGUCCAUUACGAGGAGAUACAGAUGGGGAUACAGAAUGUGAUGAUAAAAGUUCAACAUCAAAUUUAACUUUAUUACAACGUUUUCUUAAACUAUUAAAAAUUCUUUUACCACAUGUUGGUUUAAACAUCCUUCUUUUGUCAUAUAUAACAUUUGGAGCAUUAGUGUUUAUGUGGCUGGAGGGUGAACAUGAAUUAACAUCAAGAAAAACAAAAUUACAUGAUAUUCUUACAUUAUAUCAAAAAAUUAUCAAUGAAACCAUAUCUGUUUGUCGGUCACCAAAUUCAACAUAUGUUGAUUAUCCAUAUGUAGAAAGUAGAUUACGACCAUUAUUAUCCCAAUUAUCAAGAACACAUGAAUUUGAUGAUCGUUUCACGGAUGAUGGCCAAUUAUGGUCAGAUUCUGAAGAAGAUAUGACUACAAGAUGGUCAUUUGCUGCAGCAACACUUUAUGCUUUAACUGUUAUAACAUCAACUGGUUAUGAUCAUAUAACACCUGCAACAGAUCCUGGUCGUAUAUUUACAGUAUUUUUUGGUCUUGUUGGUAUACCAUUAAUGUUUAUAACAGCUGCUGAUAUAGGUAAAUUUUUAUCAGAAAUUGUCAUACGUUCGUACGGGAAAUUUCUUGAAUUUUGUUCAUGGAUGGCAUCAGUUAUGGAUGCAAUAAAAGAUUAUAUCUUUGAAGUUGAUGAUGAUGAUUCAUUACAUUCACAAAAAAUGCAUAAAAAAAGUACUGUACAUAAGGGAAUGUCAUUAGAUGGUGAUGAGGAUGAUGAAGAUGAUAGACCACAACUACCUAUAGCUAGUUAUUUUGCAUUAAUUAUUGGUUAUUGUGCUAUUGGUUCAUUAACAUUUAAUACAUUUGAAAAAGGAUCUGUUUGGAGUUUUAUACAUGGUUUAUUUUUUUCAUUUAAUACAAUAACAACUAUAGGUUUAGGUAACAUUUAUGUAAAAAGUAAUUUAUAUUUAGCGUUAUGUGUGACGUAUGUUAUUAUUGGGUUAGCAGUGAUUACAGCAAGUCUUGAUUUAUGUUCAUCCACAUUGAAACGUACCUUCACAAGAUUACACUAUUUUGGAAGGAAAAUUCGUGGAGCAAGACGUGGUAUAGCUAACAUGAGUGAUGAUAUACGUGAAGCAAUGAGAAUUAUUGCAGCACUUAAAAAAACUAGACCUAGUAAAGAUCGAAUAACAUUAGAAGAUUUGAAACGUUUUUUGGAAGUUCAAGAGCAAUUACUACGACAGCCUUAUGUACCUUAUAAUGUUCAUAUAUUCAAAUGGAUUGAAGAUACUUAUUUUCAAUAUUUAGAUGAUAAUGGCUCUAUGUCAGAUAAAUCGUUACCAAUACAAAAGUCAGUUCUUAAUAACGAACAGGUUUUAUUAAUAUAA